AUGAAUCCGAAUCCGAAUCCUUAUGACUUAAAGCUCUUGGAUAAUCUUGAUCCACGUGUUGAUCGCAAACAUGAAACCCAUCGGUCCCGGUCUACUGGCCAUGGCUCCAGCUCCGGAUACGGAAAUAAUGCCACUCAGUCGGCAACUAUGGCUCUUAGAAUGCUCCAUCUGGUGUCCAUGUGGUUCUAA